CACUUCUCAUCUUGAUGAAUAUUGAACGUACUGUAACGAAUAUCGAUACCAAUAAACCAUCACCCACAAGCAAGACAUUGAAACGAAACAACUGCUCUCUAUCGUCUCUAAUCCAAUCACGGACUCGGCUUGCUAAAGUUGUCCGGCUUCUCUCCCUCUUUGCAAAAUCCACCCUGUCACGGUCACGACAGCUUCUCCAGAACCCAGAACUUGGGCCCGAGCCAACGAGCAGACGAAGCGCCACGGUCAACAAGGGGCAGGGCGCGAUUUGAUUUGCUCAGAGCACCUGGAACCAUCGUCUGCCUUUCAUUUCCCGAUAGCCUGGGGCCCAGCACAGCAGGGAACCCUAUAGUGGAUUUGAGGCCCUGAACCUGAGCGACACCCACUGGUCGGCCAUAUUAGCUUUUCAUCGGUUCCUGAAAUCCCAUUGUCUUUUCCUUUUGACGAGUUCUUUUCCUGGCAUCCAAAUUCACUCAUUUUCAUAUCAUUGAUUGAUAUACCUCCCUCUUCAAUUCGUCACACGGACUCAAUACGAACCGGAAUCGGGCCAAGUCUGCCCUUGCUGCUGGAUCAGGCCCUGGUUGUGCUUCAAUUCUCCCUUCCCCUGAUUCCGUGCCCUUCCCGUCUGACUGUGACCGCGUCACGUCUGCCGCUGCGACGCUACACACGGCGGUACCUUAUUACUGGUCUGGUUACCAAGAAGUACAGCACGGCCAUCACUUCUUAUUCGUUGCAACACUCUUUGUGGUGGCAGUGGCUUUCAUUCAGCACUUGUUGUUCCUCAUUACAGCCGCGCGCAUUUGUACUGUAUCUUGCACGAGUUGCACGAGCGGGCUAUUGUUAUUGUUUUUUAUUUCCUCGACCGCGUUUAUCGACUUGGGCUCCUCACAACUUUGUUCACGCCGCAAUAUCCACUAUCUCGAGCGUACUGAGCCUUCUGUGCCCGUUGAAAUAGGUCCCUGGUCUUUCGCUGGGCUAGAACUGAACUGGACUGGACUGGGUUGCCCCUUGUCUCCGCGUUUUUCCCCCUUCUCACCCGCAGCCAGCGCAUCCCGCCCAUCCCAUCCACUCAAUCUGUCCAUUCUCUUCCCAUUUCAAACCGUCCAUUCAAUUCAAUUCAAUCAUUUCCACCUCUCCUCCUUUCUUCCUUUCCCUCCCACUGAAUCCACUCACCUGAGGUAAUAUUCUAUCGCAACCGCAGGCUUGGGUCAUUCCACUCCUUUCUUUUCCAUUUUCUAUUAUUACCUACCUAUUUCCUGUCAUUCGACUUUCCUCCUCUGUCGCGACCUCCCGCUCGUCUUACGCCAACCGAAAUCCUACAAACGAUCGACACUGUUUCGUUCCGCUUGGCUCUGCACAGCACCGCAACGAAUUGCAUCGACUCCGGUACAGCCUCUUCGCCUUUACAUCGUUCUUCUUCCAACGAAUGCUCCGGUAGCAAUCGAGUCUGCUUACGCCUGUUUGUCAACCGACCAUCACCAACGAAGAAAGCGCGUGCCCUCACUUUAGCAUCAGCCUCGAUCGCCAGCUCGUUCGACACCGUUGUUCCUUAUGCCAUCGUAUUCUCUCAACUCUCCCUCGCUUCAGAAAAUGGAUCACUCAAGAAUGUAUGGCCAGCGCAAGGGCAUUCAGAUGAGCAACAUCCUCGGCGACCCCUUCGCCCUGGCCACGCUCUCCAUUAGCACGCUCGCCUGGUUUAUCACCUUUGUUUCUUGUAUUAUUGGACGGAUACAACAAAAUAGCGAUGCCGACCUUGCUAAGAACGACCCUUUCCCAACUUUCGUGUGGUGGAGCUGCAUCUACUGUCUAUGCCUGAUUGUUGGCGUCUUUGUCGUCAUUGGAAGCGAUGCAGUUCACACCUACCACGUUGCUGUGACUGGUUAUCUCGCAGCAGGAAUUGUUCUGGUUUCGUCCGGAAUCAACCAGCUCCUUUACUCUAACAGCGGCGCCCGCGAGGCUGCCUCCGCUGGCUUUAUUCUGCUAGCCAUGGUUAUCGUUAUUUGGACGUUUUACUUUGGAUCCAGCCCCUCUUCAACUCCUCGAGCUUUCCUUGACUCAUUUGCCCUCGCCAAAGAAUCCACUACGAUUCAUCGAUCUACUAUGAACGCCUACGGUGGCCGCCCCGAGACAUCCAACUCGGUCCAGCCCCCUCAGAUGUACACUUCUGCUCAGCUUAAUGGUUUCGAGAACCCAUCGCCUGUGGGAGGUAUAUCGCAAGUCGGAGGAGCACGCGGAUCAGCAGUUCCCCAAAGCUUUACCAACUCAGUCAUGCAACAACAACCACCGCAAGCCAAGCCAAACAACUCUCCCGGCAACGACACCGAGGUCGUGCCACCCACUGAAUAUCCCUAUAGAGCAAAGGCCAUCUACAGCUACGAGGCCAACCCGGAUGACGCCAACGAAAUUUCAUUCUCCAAGCACGAGAUCCUCGAAGUGUCGGAUGUUAGCGGAAGGUGGUGGCAAGCGCGCAAAGAGAGCGGCGAGACGGGUAUUGCGCCCAGCAACUACCUCAUCUUGUUAUGAGCAACGAUCCAUGCAUGGAUUCCCUGGGAUACCCGUUCGGCGAUGUGCGAUAUAUCGCCCGUCGAACACCGUCAGACCCACGUACGGGCUGCUCGUUCAUUGUUUGUCACAUUUUAACGUUUUUAGAGUUACGACUCGGCGAUUUGGUUUCUGCACUGGGAUGGGAAAUAUGUUGGAUGGAGUAUAUUUGGGACGAAAAACCCCCUUGUGUUAUACCUCGGACCACGGCGCCUGCAACUAGGCUGUUCUUUUCACUUUGAAUGUCUUCUUUUCUACUGUCCUCACUUAUUGUUGUUCUUCGCUUUAUCUAUUACCCUCGGGAAAACCGCGAGAUUUGGUUCGAAUAAGGUUUCUCACCCUCUGGCGAAGUGGCACAACGCCCGACGACCCGGUGUGGCUGUGGGCCUGAGUUUUCGAGGAAACGUGCUCGUAGACCUGCGAGCAGGCUGGGCUUUGUGUGGGAAGGGUUGUAUUUUGUCAAUGGAUCUGGGUUGGCCAGGUGCAUAUAUGAACAGUACCAAGCAAGCUGUAGUUACAACGACAAGGGAUAAGGUAUCCCUUUGACCUAGUGAACACGAUGAUUAUUGGAAUGCAAGCUGAAUCCUCGAAUUGAUCAAUUGUGAGGUUGGGCUGAGUCUAAAUUUAGGAUCUGCAACUGGCGGGACCAUUCAACAGCCAUUGAUACCAAUGCAUGUGGUGUUAAGGUUUUACUCAGGAACGCGUGGCAGUUUCUUCGUAAAACUGGGUAUCAAUAACAUGUCUAAUCUAGCCUACAUGAGACUAGGCAACGUACCGUUCUGGAGCUUGGGUCGUGUUCAAGUUAAAGCAACCACUUGCCUUGAGUUCCUACCGAGUUCGUCUUAAACUCAGUACGUAAUCCUCUGACUGGUUUCCGCGCGUUUUUCGCCGAGGAGGAUUGGCAUUUGCUUGAUAUUUUGACGAGGCCAGUAUAUGUCCGGUGCCGAUCCCACCUGGCUUGCUCAUCGAUCGGUGCGACGUCAUGUCUUUGCCUCUGGGGGCAUGAUGUGUCGCAAUGUAGAUUUCGUUGCAUCGAGGGACCAUAUUUCAAACUGCCUUCGUACAGUUGUUUCUCCGUUUCUCGUUUAUUCGUUCACUUCUCAUCCUUCCAGUCUCUUCCUGAGCUCCCUCUCCUUCUGCAACACCUCCAGCUCUAAUCUCUCGACACCAUAGCGCAGAGCCUCCUUGCGCUGUCGAACUGCUCGCGCGCGGAGCUUCUCCUCUGCGGUUAACUUACGACUUCCGGUUCUCUGCUUCUUAGACUUUCCACCGUAUUCGUCGUAGUCAUCAUCUGGGCGGGAUAAACGACCCUGCUGAAGCUCUGCGCGGGCUUUGAGUGUUUCGAUGCGACGCUCCUGACGCUCGAUCUGGGAGUCUGCGCGGGCGAGAAGAAGAGCGAUAUAUGGUCCGAUUUCGUCGCGUAAUGAAGCUUCAGCUGCAGCGAGAGUGGGUUGUGGGAUGAGUUCGUAGUGCUGCGAGGUGUAAGUAGAAGCAGCGUAAGGUGAGUGGAGAGACUUACGCGGACGGUCUUGAGGACGUUGACUAGACGGGGAAAAUCGGAUACGCCAUUAUCAAGAGUCUCAACGGAUGAUUCGAGAAAUUUGAGGGAUGUGCGGAGAGAGGAGACGCAAUCGGAGUAUGUCGAGAGGUUGCUGGCCGCCAUGAUGACUACCGUGGGGUGUUCUGGUGGUUACUCGUGGAGUAGGCUGUUGAUACGAAUAUGUGUUACAGUACAGUCCUAUUUUCAAUGGCUUGUCGAGUCGCUGGUUGCCAUAAGUUCUGGGUGUUUGCCCUUGAGUUAGUCAUGCGCCGGGUAUCAUAAGCGACUUUGGAUUGUUUUGAUUCCACUUGAUGAUGCGGAGCGCGAAAGUUGAUAAACAAUGACGAUGGCGCACGGACCAAUCUCUUAAUCGUCUUCAACUGCUGUCCCGAGCUUCCCCCGACUAUAGAUUCAACCUCUAUCAUAUCAAGCCAGUUCAAGAUUUGUUUGCAUUGUUUUCGAUAAGUAUUCUUUAACUCUCUCAUUGAGCGUAAAAGCUGAGACUAAAUGGGAGGGCAUCAUUUUAUGUAUGGAUGAAAUCUUCUUAAUGAAAAAUCAUUAUGACUUCGCUCUGAGCUUUCAUGGCUUCAAAUUUAUAUUGAUCCAUGACCAGAUCUUGAAACAAAUAUCAGGCGUGUGCAGAAUAUGUCUUUAGCUUAUUCUGUCUCUAUAUUAUUCUCAUAUCUCCUGCUAGAUUCAUAGACCUGCUAUUAUAUUCAAUACGAAAUCUGACUAGAAA